AUGGCUCCAUCCAAGAAGGUCGCUCCAGCUCCAUUAGCUAAUAAAGGUAAGAAAGUUAGCAAGAACGCUAACCCAUUGACUAAGUCUACCCCAAGAAACUUUGGUAUUGGUCAAAAUGUUCAACCAAAGAGAAACUUGUCUAGAUAUGUUAAAUGGCCAGAAUAUGUCAGAUUGCAAAGACAAAAGAAGAUCUUGUCCAUUAGAUUGAAGGUUCCACCAGCUAUUGCUCAAUUCCAACACACCUUGGAUAGAAACACUGCUGCUGAAGCUUUCAAGUUGUUCAACAAGUACAGACCAGAAACUGCUGCUGAAAAGAAGGAAAGAUUAACCAAAGAAGCUGCUGCCAUUGCUGAAGGUAAGACCAGAAAGGAAGCUUCUCCAAAACCAUAUGUUGUCAAGUAUGGUUUGAACCAUGUUGUUUCCUUGAUUGAAAACAAGAAGGCUAAAUUAGUUUUAAUUGCCAAUGAUGUUGACCCAAUUGAAUUAGUUAUUUUCUUGCCAGCUUUGUGUAAGAAGUUGGGUGUUCCAUAUGCCAUCAUCAAGGGUAAGGCCAGAUUAGGUACUUUGGUUAACCAAAAGACUUCUGCUGUUGCCGCCUUGACCGAAGUUAAGGCUGAAGAUGAAGCUGCUUUAUCUAAGUUGAUCACCACUGUUAAUGCUAACUUUGUUGAGAAAUACGAAGAAAACAGAAAGCACUGGGGUGGUGGUGUCUUAGGUUCUAAGGCUCAAGGCAAAUCCGCCAAGAGAGCUAAGGCUGCAUCUGCUUAA